CUAAGAGCCCACAUUGAUUUCCAUUUGCAAAGCCACCAGUUUAGAGUAGUAAGGCACAAGCAGCUCUCGUUUUCGACCAAAUUCCAUUUGCUAGUGAAGAAGCUCUAGAAAGCUCUUUCGUCUCUUUCAAUUCUUUCAUUCCCCGGACUCCGUUAGUCGUCUCUGAUACAACAACACACAAAUGCAUCCUCAUCAGCAGCAACAACAACAGCAACAACUGGACCCAUCAGACCCACAGCUCCCCACCAUCAAAAUCCACCACCCUGCUUCCCCGCGCCACCACUCCACCACAUCAUCCUCCGCUCUCUCCGCCGCCACCCCAACCCCAACCGCCGGAGCACGACGCAAGAUCGGCGUCGCCGUCGACCUCUCCGACGAGAGUGCGUACGCCGUACGUUGGGCCGUCCACCACUACAUCCGUCCCGGAGACGCCGUGAUCCUCCUCCACGUCAGCCCCACCUCCGUACUGUUCGGCGCCGACUGGGGUUCCAUCGAUCUCUCCAUCAACACCAACGAAGAUGCUGACCCUCUGAACGACCACGGCAGCAGGCAGCAGCACGAAUCGGCUACUCCGACCAAGAGACACGCCAAGCAGAAGCUCGAGGACGACUUCGAUGCCUUCACGGCUUCCAAGGCUGCUGAUAUUGCUAAGCCACUGAAGGAGGCUCAGAUUCCCUACAAGAUCCACAUCGUCAAGGACCAUGACAUGAAGGAGAGGCUUUGUUUGGAGGUCGAGAGGCUGGGGCUUAGCGCCGUCAUCAUGGGUAGCAGAGGGUUUGGGGCUGUGCGACGUGGCAGUGAUGGGAAGCUUGGAAGUGUCAGCGAUUACUGCGUGCAUCACUGUGUUUGUCCCGUUGUGGUUGUGCGGUAUCCCGAAGAUAAGGAUGGUGGAAAUGAUGGUGAUGCUCCUAGCGGCGAUGGCAGUGCCGUUGUUGCGGUGAAAGAAGGAGACGAGGAGACUGUGAUCAAGCCAGUGCCGGAGGAGGAGGGGCAUCAGAAAGUUGCUUAGCAGGUCAUUUGAGUCGUUGUUGGAUCCUCUCAAGUGCAGGUUUUAUUUUUUCUACAAUGAUUAGGUAUCUGAGUCAACUGUGACCAGAUCAACUGGGAUAAGCUGACACGAUAAGGAGUCAAUAAUUUCUUUUUCGUGGGUGAAUUGUUGCAGAAAUGGUUGACUGUAGAGUGUUCGCUCUCUCUCUCUCUGCCAAUCUUCUUCUCUCCAGCAACUUCUCUUAUGCAUGAAGUUUGGGAGAACUUGGGAUGAUAUUUGUAGCGCUAAUGGUAUUUUUGAUUUUCUGUUGGACUUGGAGAAAUGGUUGUCUGCUUUGUGAUGCAUUUACUUAAAAACGAUUUGCGCGAGUGGUAUGCAAAUUUUUAAUUAUUUGUUUAUAAAAAUUGGUGAUAGUUGAUGGAUUGUUGA